UCUUGACAUUAGGUAAUGAAUAUUAAUGAACUUAAACAGUAUAUAAUGUCAAUAUUCGACGGAGUACACCAUAGUACUGGCAAGCAAACGAAGGGGUGCACGUGAUAAAGAUGAGGUUCCAACCAUCUCUCACAGUUCUGAUAUUCUUCGCGACGAUCACAAUAUGUUGCGGACACAUUGGCGGUAAUCAGAUAUCGCUCCAAGAAGUCAACCCUCAAAUGUACUGUGGAAGGACGUUGGCUCGCACCCUCGCACUCCUGUGUUUUGAUGACGGCGGCAUAGAAAAGAAAUCUGAAGUUGGAACUAUGUACAGGGCUAUUUUAUCACCGUACUACAAGGAGCAAGAGUCCCUCGACUGGCCAUGGCUCGCUCCUCAUAAAGCCAGGAUGGGAUUGCCGUCCCGAGGGAAGAGGUACCAGGGCAUCGUGAGCGAAUGCUGUGACAAAGCGUGCAGCAUCAACGAACUUCUGACUUACUGCUAGGUUAUCGCGAAAAAUAAUUAAAAUAAUUAAAUAAAUUACAUAUUUUCUUCACUUAAUUUUACUAAUUAUUUUUAAUAUUAAUAUGCUAAAAUUAUUAAAAUACAAUUACAUUAUAAUUCGUUCGCUGUGCUCAUAGAGAAUAUUUAAUAUUUUUUAAUUAAAGUUUGUCCCUUCUAAUGUUUGUAUUAAAAUUUCGGCUUCAAAAUUGUAGUUUUUAAGUCUGUUUUUUUUUUAAAUGUUAAAAUGAAUAUUUUUCUGUUGUUCUAUGUUAUAAAGAAAUAUAUUGUUGUUGC